AAGAAGAAGAAGAAGAAGGGUUACUGGCGGACACGUUGCGUUGGCUCUGCUUAUCAGCCAACCACUGCUGAUCUUUGGACCCUCUCUCGUUGAGCAAUAUGAGAUCUUUUGGACACAAAGGCAGGCAGGAGAGGACACGUUAGAUCAACGGGAAGGAGAAGAGCGCAGCUUGUGGAGGUCUUUUGAAGGAAGCGACUUUUAAUGUGAGGCUUUGGGGAGGAGAAUGAAAGAUUUAAGGGGCAAAGGGGUGGGCCGGUGGGCUUUGCAGGGUCGAGGUCUGGCCAAGAAAGUAGUUGUGGUGACAGGCAGUGCAAAGGACUCAAGUGAGACAAGGAGGAUUUAAGAUCAGCGACACAGCAAAAGUGGACUUCAACAUGGGUGUGAAGAGCAAGGCUGCCGCGGCUAUCUUAAUUCUGCUCCUCUUCCUUGGCUCCCUCUGGCUUCAUGGAAGUUUGGAUUACCACUGGGAUGCGUGCCUCAAAGGCUACAAUCAAGUGAAUGAUCCUCACCAGCUGUCCAACAGCAGUGCCUCUUACGGGAGCGGGGGCCCCGAACUCCUGGAGGUGUGCCCCGGACAGACCUUCCAGGUGUCACUGCUGCUCACCCACCUGCUGGCGUCACCAGCCUACACUUCUGACGUGCUGCUGCAGCCGUAUCUGUCCAGCUGGGACGAACUUGUAAAGUUUAUGGAUUCUCUGGGUCCAAUGGUUGGCCUUAUAUCUAAUGAGAUUGUAACCAAGACUUCUAUUAUUCGUGAGCUGGCUGUUUUAGCUGACGCCAGCCCGGAAGCAGAGGUGAAUCCAGAAGCUGAAAGUACUUUGCACCCCUCACAAGUUUCUGGUCCUUAUCAGUCGGUGCGCUCCAUGAUCUGGGUGGAGCUAAAGCGAGGCUCAGUGGACUUCCACCACCAGACGGACUCUGGCUGCAGGACUCUUCUCCGCCUGCACCGAGCUCUGCUUUGGUUGAAGCUCUUCCUGCAAAAGUUGGCUGAGAUCCCGGUAGCAGGUCGGCUCAAGAGUCCCUCAGAGCUGUGUCGUGAGGCCUACAAGACCACCCUGGCCAACCACCACUCUUGGUUCGUGCGCCGGGCUGCCGAGCUGGCCUUCAUUGCCUUGCCUGAGAGGGCCUUCUUCUUCAAGUUGGUGUGUGUGCAGAACCAGGAAGAACUGAGCACAGUGCUUGGCCGGGCGACCCGGGCCAUAGGAGUGGUCUAUGACAGGACGCAGAAAGCCCUGGAGGAGAAUGGCAUGCUGGAUUUGCCUUGAGACAAAAGCCUUCAUUGUUCAACACUGGGCAUCAAAACUGGUCCAAAUGUGAAUUAGCAUACAGUAGAAAAACUCUCAUUCAAAUGUGAGGCAUUUUUUCUCACAAAAGGGCAACCCGUUUAUUCGUAGUUUUACCGUUUAGACCCGUAUUUAAGUUCAAGAGACAAAACCCGUUUUGAAGAAUAACAUGCAAACCAGCAGAUGGCGCCAAAUGACUUCUCCCUAAGAGAGCUUUUCUUCCUGGCACUCACACGGCGGCGUAGUCAUGAUGCUAAUCUAAUUUUAAGAGUCAUUAAACAACUUUGGGGCAGCUAACAUGAGCUAGUACCUCAACUUACAAGCUUAACUGGUUCCGUGACAGAGUUCUUAAAUCAAAACAUUUGUAUUUCAGAUCAACGUCUCCCAUUAUAACUAAUUGAAAUUGGUGCUUGGCCCGCUCAAAACAGCACCAUUUUAACAUGUAAUCUACCUUUUAAAAAGAAACACCAACUUUUACAUAGCAAUUAUUGUAUAAUAACAAUACAAUAGAAUGUACUACAAACAACUACAGUAGUUUUAUGAAGUAUUAUAAUAAUAAUAAUGUACAGCGUUUACCUUGAAGAGUGGAUUUCUACGAUAGCGCCUUUCAGCUGCUUCGCCGUCAAACACACCAUCAAAAGCUUCACCAUAUUUUCAUGGAUAAAUGCCCAGAUAUUAUUUUACCGUCCUUGACUAGUGUUAGACUCAUUCUGCUUCAAUAUGGGGCAGACAAGCAGUGAGACGUUCUAACUGCUUGAGUCUGCUGCAGGCUUGUUCAUGUUUUUAAUUAUUUAUUUUUCAAAUUUAAUUACUAUCAUCCAUUUGUCUCAGCACUGUCCUUCACACUCAUUUUAUUCCUUCCCAGAAAACGAAAUCAUAUCAAGCUCUAGCUAAUGCUAGCGAGUAAGAUCAGAUGUUUUGGGAAUGCUUUUAACUCACAAUUUGUGUUUGCAACUCAAAGCAUAACAAUUAGCCAAGAGACAGCUCUUAUCUCCAAAUACCCUAUCCUUAGUGUAUAGUUACAGACCUGCAACCUAUAGAGUCUGCCUCCUUUUACUCGUCAACCCGCAUAGUCUCCUUAUUGCGCCGACACAAAAACACAGUGAGUCGUUGGUCUCGCUAUAUCAUCAGGGAUGUUGUGUCGUGGCGAAAGUCACUUAAAACAGAUGGCUAGUGUCGGUCAUCGAUGUCCAAAGUGCACAAUUAAAGCUAGAAACCUAAAAACUAGGGAGCGUGGUGAGGAGGGGUUACUUUGCAAUUUUUUUUUACUGAAGAACCAUCAUUACAUGUUAUGUAUAGCCCAAAAUGAAGUGUUUUUAAAAUAGGAAAAACAUUUUAAUAUGACCCCUUUAAGUUAUUUUAUGUCCAAGGCCCCGUGAUACGUGGGGGGCCCCGUUUUCGUGCGAAUAACCUGAAUGACAGGGUGCUUCAUAUUAACCGUUUUCUGUCACUUAUAAGUAUAUAAAGGCACAUUUCCCCUGCCAUUUACUAGGUCCCAUGCGGUGUGCCGUGUUAGUGCUAGUCAUGAAAGCAGAAGUUCUGGCUUCGAACCUGGCCCAAUAUUUUUCAGGUAGAUAUGUAAAUGUAUUAUUUAAUUACAUACAAUUAUUGAACAAUGUAGUUCCUAUGAAUUCGUUUUAGUACGAAACAUGCAUCAAAUUGAAUUAACGUUUGAUUAAAAAAGUAUAGAAGUAGUUUUGAAAAAAAAAAAAAGUUUUUUGAAAAAUCCUGUCAUUUCAAAUAACAAAAUAUGCUGCAGAAAAUCAGUUUUUGUGUAAUAUAUGCAAGACUCCGGCCGUCUUAUGUCCUCAUUUAGGCUCACUUUCCACAUUAAAAAACAUCUGAUUGAAAAUGUCUGAUGUUUGUCCAGUACAGAAUGAAAUUAAUUCCGCAUCUUAUUGAUUGUGAAGGUAGUGGCUCUAUUCACGUGACCAAAAAAGUAUUUUUUAGGCUACUUUUACAGCAGUCAUGCAUAACCCUCACCUUAAUCUUUUCAACACUGCUGAAAAGAGCCUUAAACUUAUAAUAUCAUGUGCCUUUCUUCGACUGUUCCAUGUCAUUUAUUGUAAAUACAGUCACUGUUUUUAGAAUUAGUGUUAAAAAAUGCUAUGACAAAAUCGAUAACCGAUAACACACAUGUCCUUUGUAGUGGACAUUUGUUUUGGGGCUAUUUGUUUUUGGAGGAAAUAGCACUCUUAUGCAAAACACAAAUGUCCACUGCAGAGGACUCUCAGGAGGAUAUACAGUUUAAAAUGGGCUAUACUGUGAAACAGACUUUUUAUGGAACUCCUGUAUCACAUCCUUAAGGUUGACUUAAACUAACUUUUAAUAGUGUAGAGUCUGUGCACUACCUCAAAAGUAUCUCCGUCUUAAUGAAUGUGUGCGCUGGGACCUAAUUGUUUAUAGAGUAUUCUGGACAAAUAUGGCGCUUCAUUCACUUUGAUAUGUGAGGCAUGAAUGUGUCGUUAAAUGAUAUGUUUUGUACUGUAUUAC